CAGUCAUGGUUUCUUUAGUCUAGAGCAUUGUUUACAUUUCAAUUUUGUGUUUAAAAUUUUUUUCUUAAUUUAUCACAUUCUCUAUUUAUUUUGUGUGACAAUGUUGAGUUUUUGUGAAAUCAAUUGAUUGCCUCUUGGUCCGUUUAUAUCUCCAGCGAUUUAAGUCACUAUAAUGGACAAAACAAAGGAUAAAUCUGCCAAAACAGUAGCAACAGUGGAUGUCCGCAAGGAACUUGCGGAGUUAGUCAAACGGAAAGCAGAAAUUGCGGAGACGCUCGCAAACCUUGAGAGGCAAAUUUAUGCUUUUGAAGGAAGUUAUUUAGAAGACACGCAACUUUAUGGGAAUAUCAUUCGUGGAUGGGAUCGAUACUUCAACAACAAAACCAAUAGUAAAAAUGAGAAACGUAAUCGCAAGUUUAAAGAAGCUGAAAGAUUGUUCUCAAAAUCAUCAAUAACCUCAAUGGCUGCUGUGAGUGGGGUGGUAGAUACACAAAAAACUGAAACUGCAAGUGAAUCUUCGGAAGCAGAGAUUAAAAGCGAAAGUGAAGACAACGAACCGACCACAUCGGCCCCAACCAAAAAACAUUCCUCAGCCUUCAACGGCUUAAUAUCUAGUUUAACUCCAAAUAGUAGUGGUAAUGAAAACUCUCCGCUUAAAGACAAAAGUAACCCCAGACGCUUUUCUAUAAAAAAAAGUGGGAAGAAGAGAAAGUUAAAAUGAUUCCUCGGGUGAGACUAAGAGCAUCAUUGGUGAAGCUUAUUUCUAAGUUCUUAGCCAGUAAGUUUCAAUGGUGAACCAUAAAUAUUCCUAUUAAUCUAUUUCAAUGUCAUCUCAGUUGUUACUUGUGUGUGAAUUUUUUAGAUGUAAUGUUUGGAAAUGAGUUGGAUGAUCGUUUAUUCCCUUCGAAAAACAUCUGAUCUGUCUGUUGUAUUUUAUGAUGAAGAAUUAUGUCUUAGUUUUAAUUUAAAUUCUCAUUUUUUGUAUUUGCAAUUGGUUAUUAUGAAUAUCUGCAGUUUUCGUUAAAUAGAGGGCUGUAAAUUCCUUCAAAA